CUUAGUUGGUACACCUCAUUGGACUUGUUUUAUUUGACAAGAAACCAGAAACGAGGGUACAUAUUACUAACACUCAGCCACACCACCAAUGAAAACAAUAUCAAGAAUGGUGUUACCAAGUGUUGGUGUACAAUUCACUCCAUUUUCAAUCCACCGAACACACACAAUACGACCAACAACAACAACAACAACAACACAUUCUUUCAAAAAACAUUCACUUUCAAACUCAACCAUAAACAUGUCAUCGUUUCCCAAUAACACGACCAGGAAACUUCCAAUUCUUCUGUUUGAUAUCAUGGACACCAUUGUUCGCGACCCUUUCUACAAAGACAUCCCUUCUUUCUUCGGUAUGUCCUUCAACGAACUCAUAGAUUCCAAACACCCAGCCGCUUGGAUUCAAUUCGAAAAGGGUCUCAUUGAUGAGGUGGAGCUAGCAAGAAUUUUUUUUAAGGAUGGAAGGGAUUUUGAUUUAGAAGGCCUUAAAGCUUGUAUGAGAAAUGGAUAUUCAUACAUAGAAGGGAUUGAACAAUUGCUUCUAGCCUUAAAGAAAAAUAACUUUGAGAUGCAUGCUUUUACUAACUAUCCUAUAUGGUAUCAGUUGAUUGAAGACAAGUUAAAGCUAUCAAAAUAUUUAUCUUGGACAUUUUGUUCGUGCACUUAUGGAAAGAGGAAACCAGAUGCUGAAUUCUAUAUGGAAGUUGUGAGGCAUCUUGAAGUUGAUCCAGCAUAUUGUAUUUUCAUAGAUGACAGACAAAAAAAUGUGGAGGCAGCAACUGAAGUUGGGAUCAAGGGUGUACAUUUCAAGAAUGUUGAUUUACUGCGCGAAGAACUGUCAUUGAUGGGGGUUGACAUUUUAAAAGAUGAAGAUCAAUAGCUUUUUAUUUAUUUAUUUAUUUGAAUACAACAAUUUCUUUUACAUGGUUAAAAUGACUUCGGAAGGUCAAUUCAUGGGCCUUUUUAAAAUUAGGGCCUAACUUUAAAAACCCCUAUUUUAGAGAUCUAAAAUUUUAGGGAAAUAGUAACUCUCCACCUAAGUAGUGGAAAAACACCUUAUAAAAAUUCAAAAUUGUCGAUAAAUUUUCGGA